GAAGAUGAGAAGGAGCAGCGUCGCAUCAGCCCACAUUAUCAGUUUGCACCCGUGUCGCGAGGGCUGAUUUUGCCGACAUCGGCGAGAUUGCUCUCUACAUCGUCUGCAUCUUCAUCAUCUUCGCCCAAUUUCACGAAUCAGCUGCCUACCUACGACGAUGUAAAGUACAGCCAGCUGGACUCGCGCCGAAAGCGCCUCCUCUUCAGAAGCAAGGAGAGGGGCAUGCUCGAGACGGACCUCAUCCUCGGCUCCUUCGCGAUCCAAAAUCUUGAAGCCAUGAAUGAAACGCAACUCGCCCAGUUCGAGCAAAUCCUGGACUGCAUCGAUCCCGAUCUCUUCCUGUAUCUCACGAAGAAGGUCGAGACGCCGGCCGAGCUCGACAACGAAGUCAUGCACGCCAUCCAGAAGCACACCUUUAACAACCCUCUCAACUAUGACUCCACAGCUAACCGCAAGCUCAACUGA